GACUGCAUUGCCGAUAGUUUUUACAAGCGAAGAGAAGCGUAGCGUUCGCGGAUUCUGUCAGUGGACACCAGGCGGAGUCUGAUACUAAACUGUCAAAAUUCGAACAUUGAGUGAGUGAAGAAAAACAAGUUCAGUAAGAAGGAUUUGAAUGAAUGAAGAGAUGGCUAUAUACGAUACUAUAUCUGAAUACAUGAAGACGCAGAACAGACCUUACAGCGUGAACGACCUAGUCACAAGUUUACAUACAUACAAAUAUAGCAAACCUGAGGUUCAACAAGUUAUGAACCAACUUGUGACAGAUGGGAAAUUGUUUGUAAAGGUCUAUGGCAACCAGAAGAUAUAUUGCGCUGUUCAACAUUUGACAUGUAACACUGACGAAUUGGUGAGGAUCGACAAAGAACUACAGACGCAUGCCUAUGAUAUUGAGAGAAAAUAUCAAGAAGUCAUAAAUCGCAUUAAAGAACAGGAGGCUCUUUUAAUCUGUUUGAAGUCAAGCCUCUCAUUGAAGCAGGCAAAGGAAGAAGAGGUUGUUUUACUAGAUAGCGUAAUAAAGUUGAAGCAUGAGCUAGAUGAACAAAAUAUGACAAAAAAUCGUAUUGAAGAUUUACGUCAAUCAAAACGAAAGGCCCAAGAGCAGGUGGAUGAGUACUCGCGUGAAUAUUUCAAAAGGAAAAGAAUAUGCACUGAGAUAAUAGAUACCAUUUUGGAAAACUAUCCUGGUACCAAGGACCAGUUAUAUGACGAAGCAGGUAUAGAGUCAAUGAGUAUAUAGUAAAUCACAAAUAAAUUUGUUUCUUCAAAUUAAUAUAUUAUUUAUUAGCAUAUUUAAUAUAUUAAUAUAUUCUUUAUAUA